AUGGUUAUGGUUACCAAGGUGACUUUCCUUUACAGUACCGCAUCAAAUUCUACAUCUCCUCUUGCCCUUUUCUCCCAUAUCUAUCUUCACCUCUGCGUUCCAAUUGAGAAGAUCAAAGACUUCGAUGGCCGAGAACUCCAGACUAAUUUCUCGGGCCGAGGCAGAGAUAUCCUUCGCGAAAUAUCGCGUCUGGAAGGUGUUGUCAAUGAUUACGACCGCGAACUGACACGACUACGUGACAUCGCUACUCAACUCGAAUCAGGAAGAGCCCAAGUGCAAACCCACAUCGACAGCUACACUAGCCUACUUUCUGCGCCAGUUCGUCGCCUGCGCAAUCCCCUUUUCCAGUCGAACCAUCCUUCCACUCUUUCUUUACCCGCCCAUCAUGACCCAGACAGAAUUCUGAAGCGCAUAUUCACUUUUGCCUGCUAUCGCGACGAAGACGAGCACGCCAACUCUCACCUUCAGUGGCUAACACCGCUGAAGAUAUCACACGUCUGCUCGCAUUGGCGCAAGAUAUCCUUGGAUUUGCCCGAGAUGUGGUCAUAUCUAGACGUCAGCGGCGACCUAGAUCCAGAGUCUAAUCGGAAACUGUUGCACGCGUACAUCGCCCGCGCUAGAACGGACACCCCGUUAUCAGUCCGAAUCGAGUUGGAUAGGCAUUUCUCCUACAUGCAGCGUCACGUUCUCAACCUAAUCCUGGAUCACGCUGACCGAUGGAGGGAGGCUAUCAUCGUCGUUGAUCACCAACAGCUUUGGCGCUUCCUUUCCUUCCCCUUUGACAUCCUGGAGAAGCUGGUCCUUCGUAUUGGGAACAUUCAAAGCAACCGUCCCGUCGAUAAUUUCAAAUUCGCUCCUCGACUUCGUUAUGUCAAAGUCGAUGCAGCGCUGAGUGCUUUAUCAUUUCCCUUCAGUGUUCGACGCAUAGACCUGAGGGGUCGGGCAGAUCACUCAGACGUUGUUCGUCUUGAGGCACACCAACUCGAUGUACCCGACCUUCAUCUCUCUCUCUUCCCCGUAUUCCGCGACGCACCCGUCCGGUUGACCAACCUCCAAGCGCUGACCGUCCAUGCUCUCUCCCCCGAUUUUGAGGCGUUCGCGCAAACGGUAACCAUGCCCCACCUGAACCGUCUCAAUAUCGUCUUUGACAAAGACCACACGUACGACAUCUCCUCCUUUCAUUCCCUUCUCUCCACCGUCGAGCGCUCCGAAUGCCAGCUUAGCGCGUUCAGCAUGGACAUGACGCAUUGUCCUGGGAAGCACCAUCAGUCGCACAUAGAGAAGCUCCAGACUGACGAAAACGAGCUAAGGGAUUUUUUGGAUGCGAUCCCUUCCAUUACGGAGCUCCGUGUAGUCGAGCCUCGCGGUUCGAAUUGCGAACACUGUAAUAUAAUCACAAUGCUGCUGUGGUGGCUCGUCGUCGCGGAUUAUUAUGAUACAAGUUCCUUGACUCUCCCCAAUCUGAGGAAGCUGGAGCUUGUCUGGACGGCUGCGCCGGAUGUAGGUGCGCUUGUCACUAUGGUGCAGAGCAGGUUAGAGGAGCACGUGGUGGUUGAACGAGCCAUGACCAUGGACGUCGACAACGAAGAACGGCGUCAAAACGUAAGCGAAGGCGGGGGUGGUGACGGCACCAGCAUGAGCGAUGCUUAUUCCGAAGGAAGUACUCGUUCGACUCAACGCGACAGCGACAGUGCUGUUCUUCUCAGCGCUCUAAAGUCUCUCGUUAUCGGGACACGAGGAGAAGUAGAGGCGGACAGUUACAUGUGGGAGUGGAUGGAGGAUAUCAGAGCUCAGGGGAUGGUGCCUUCCGGUAAUAGGGCCUUCAAUACAUCACCAAUGUACCGUCAAGUUUAUAUUUGCUCUCUUUCUGAGCCGCAAUGCGGUGCUACAAAAUCGAUGACAGACGGAAGCAAAAGGGGGCAUAUUACUGCCUCCUUUUUGCAUCACAAGCUGUUCGAUGUUAGCGUUCUGAUUGACAGAAUUCUUUGUCUCUUCCCACGAUGGCUAGGAAAAGAAAGUCAAAAUCACGGAAUGUCCCUCAGCCUAUUUCUCUUCGUUGUCAAUGCCGACACUCGCCCGUCUGUUCUUUUCACAGAGCAGCGUCGUAGUUUUUAUGCCCCGUUAAACAGACAAUGCAAGAAGAUCGUCCGUGCACGUCUGCGCGACAUUGUCACUCAGCUCGAAUCAGGACACGCAGAAGCGGAAACUGACAUCGACAACUACAGUAGCCUGGCUGCUGUGCCUAUUCUUGGCCUUCUCAAUCCCCCUGUCCAGUCAAAUGCUUCACUCGCCUGCGUAUUUUGA